AUGUCAAAACCCUGGCUACUUCGACCUUCUUUAGCCAUCAUGGAGCUCGUCGUCAACUCAAAGUCUGCGCUCCUGAAUGCGGACAAGAACCCUGCUCUGAAUCGGUUGCUACGGUGGGCCGUCUACAACCAUUUCUGCGCGGGCACAAAUUCCAAAGAGAGCUUAGACGCAGUGAAGAAUACAAAGAAGCUAGGGUACCACGGUGUUAUUCUCGGAUAUGCUAGGGAGGUUGUGCUGGAUCCAGUGGAGGCACUCCACCACACCCCCUCCGAAGGCGCCAAGUAUGGACAAAAGCACUAUGAGGUGGUCGAUGAGUGGAAAAUGGGAAACGUGGAGACUUUGGACAUGCUUGAUGCUGGCGACUUCCUGGCAGUGAAACUGACUGGUGCUGGUCAAAUCGCUCUGGAUGCUCUGCAAGAUAAGCAACCAAUGCCCGAGUAUCUCGAGAAAGCUGUGGAUGAGAUUUGCGGGGAGGCGAGAAAAAGAGGUUGCCGACUGUGGUUCGACGCUGAGCAACAGGCCCUGCAGCCUACACUUGAUGAGUGGGCAAUUGCAACAAUGCGGAAACAUAACCGAGGAGGCAAAGAUUUGAUGUACAACACGAUCCAGGGUUAUCUCAAAGGAUCCAGAGCCAACGCUGAGCGACACUUAACACUAGCAGCCCAAGAAGGAUUUACCGUGGCUGUCAAGCUUGUUCGAGGAGCUUACAUCGAAAACGAAAUCCGGUCUCUGAUCCACGACACAAAGGAGGACACCGAUCGAUGUUACGAUGACAUCGCUGACAUGUUCAUCUCUCGGAGGAUGCCGGAAGCGGCGAAACACCUUGAUUUCCCUAGUGCUACCCUAUUUUUGGGCACCCACAACGCUGCGAGUGCAGAAAAGGCCAUUCAAACUCACAAGCAGAGGGUGCUGGCUGGUCUCCCUCUAACACCUCUAGAGUGCGGUCAAAUCUUGGGAAUGGCGGAUGAGCUCAGUUGCAAGCUGCUUCAGGAUCACGAGAAGGAUGCUGCUGAUUCUAGGAUUGGAGGGAAAUCACCCCGAAUACUGAAGGCCUUCAUUUGGGGCUCGGUUGGAGAGUGUAUGGGAUAUCUGUAUCGCCGGACGGUGGAGAAUCGUGGGGCUGUAGAGCGAACUCAGCACAUGGCGGAGGCAAUGCGGAAAGAAGUGCGCCGCAGAAUUUUCGGGUAG